CAGGUGGCCAUCAAGAAGAUCCCGAACGCCUUCGACGUGGUGACCAACGCCAAGCGGACGCUGCGGGAGCUGAAGAUCCUCAAGCACUUCAAGCACGACAACAUCAUCGGCAUCAAGGACAUCCUGCGGCCCACGGGGCCCUACGGCGAGUUCCGCUCCGUGUACGUGGUGCUGGACCUGAUGGAGAGCGACCUGCACCAGAUCAUCCACUCGUCGCAGCCGCUGACGCUGGAGCACGUCCGCUACUUCCUGUACCAGCUGCUGCGCGGCCUCAAGUACAUCCACUCGGCCAACGUCCUGCACCGCGACCUCAAGCCCUCCAACCUGCUGGUCAACGAGAACUGCGAGCUCAAGAUCGGCGACUUCGGGAUGGCGCGGGGCCUGGGCGCCGACCCCCGCCAGGCCAAGGCCUUCCUCACCGAGUACGUGGCCACGCGCUGGUACCGCGCGCCCGAGCUGCUGCUGUCGCUGCACCGCUACACGCGCGCCAUCGACAUGUGGUCGGUGGGCUGCAUCUUCGCCGAGAUGCUGGGCCGGCGCCAGCUCUUCCCGGGCCGCAACUACGUGCACCAGCUGCAGCUGAUCAUGGCGGUGCUGGGCACGCCGCCCGCCGGCGUCAUGGCGGCCAUCGGCGCCGAGCGCGUGCGCGCCUACGUGCAGAGCCUCCCGCCGCGCCCGCCCGUGCCCUGGGAGAGCCUGUUCGGCGCGGCCGAGCCGGCGGCGCUGGCGCUGCUGGGCCGGAUGCUGCGCUUCGACCCCCGCGAGAGGGUGGGCGUGGCCGAGGCGCUGCGCCACCCCUUCCUCGCCAAGUACCACGACCCCGAGGACGAGCCCGAGUGCGUCCCCGCCUUCGACUUCGCCUUCGACCGCCAGGCGCUCACCAAGGAGGAGAUCAAGGCGGCCAUCGUGGCCGAGAUCGCCGACUUCCACGCCCGGCGCGACGGCAUCCGCCGGCAGAUCGCCCUCGCGCCCUCGGGAGGGGCCCCCGGGGGUGGGGUCCCUGGGGGCGGCCUGGCCAACGGGGGGGUCAACACGGCCAACGUGGGCGGCGUCAACAUGGCCAACGCCAACGUCAGCGUGACCAAUGUCAACAUGGCCAAUGUUAAUGUCAACGUGGCCAACGCCAACGUCAACGUGGCCAACGCCAACAUCAGCAUGGCCAACGCCAGCGUCAACAUGGCCAAUGUCAAUGUGGCCAACGUCAACAUGGCCAACGCCAACAUGGCCAACGCCCCCAACGGCCCAACGUGGCCGCCCUGCGCCGACGUGGACAUGCCGAGCCCCGGCCCCGCCCCCGACUGCCCCAUGGACUCGCCGCGGGUGAAGGCGGAGCCGGGAGCCCCCCCGGCGCCCAAGCGCGACGGCGCCAUCUCCGACGACACCAAGGCCGCCCUGAAGGCGGCGCUGCUCAAGUCGGCCAUGAGGAACAAGAACAAAGAGCCGCCCUGCGCGGCGCCGGAGGCCCCCGAGGGCCGCAAGCCGGUGACGGCGGCGGAGCGGCAGCGGGAGCGGGAGGAGAAGCGGCGCCGGCGUCAGGAACGCGCCAAGGAACGCGAGAAGAAGCAGCGGGAGCGGGAGCGGCGCGAGCCCCGCGCCCGGGGGGAGGGGCUGCAGGGGCUGGUCCUCACCGACGACGACCGGCACCUCCUGGAGCGCUGGACCAAGAUGCGCGACGGGGCCCCCCCGCGCCCCCCGGCCCCGCCCCGCGCCCCCGCCCCGCCCCCCGCCCCUCCCCCCUGCCCCCCGCCCUGCGCGGCCCCGCCCGAGGCGUG